UGACUUACCCAUUAUAUAUAGAAGGGAGACAGGUAGGAUAAUAGGGUUGGAGAGAACUAUAUUGGAAAAACAAACAUGGAAGAAAAAUGGAGUAGAGUGUUUGGGAAGGAGCUGAAGAAGGUGAGCUUCAUGGCAGCUCCAAUGGUGGCACUCAUGGUGUUGCAAUAUCUCUAUUAUUUUGUUGCCAUAAUCAUGGUUGGGCACCUCGGCGAACUCUCUCUUUCCGGGGUCUCCAUGGCUAACUCUUUCACCAGUGUUACCGGCUUCUGUUUUCUUCUUGGGUUGACUAGUGGUUUGGAGACACUUUGUGGACAAGCAUAUGGGGCAGAACAAUAUCAAAAGCUUGGAAUUUAUACUUACACCUCCAUUAUCUCACUCACUCUUGUUUGUCUCCCUAUAUCUAUUUUAUGGAUUUUUACAGACAAAAUACUUAUAUUGAUAGGUCAAGACCCUUCAAUUUCAGAAGAAGCACAAAAAUUCUCCAUUUAUCUCAUCCCUAAUCUAUUUUUCUAUGCCAUACUUCAAUCUUUUAUUCGCUAUUUACAAACUCAGAGCUUGAUACUGCCAAUGUUGUACAGCUAUUUAGCAAGUUUUUGUUUACACAUUCCUCUUUGUUGGAUAUUAAUAUUUAAACUAAAACUGGAAGUUAUUGGAGCAGCAUUGGCCAUUAAUAUGUCAUCUUUUGUUAAUGUCAUUUUGCUUGGAUUUUACAUCAAGUAUUCUUCCGCAUGUGAAAAAGCUCGACCUGUAUUUUCAAUGGAAGUCUUCUCGACUAUUAAGGAGUUCUUUAGCUUCGGCAUUCCUUCGGCUUUGAUGAUAUGUCUUGAAUGGUGGGCUUAUGAGAUUAUUAUUUUUCUUUCGGGGCUUCUACCAAAUCCCAAACUAGAGACUUCAGUGCUUUCAAUAUGUUUUUCAAUUACCUACUUUCAUGCUUUCAUCCCUUUCGGGCUUGGGACCGUAGCAAGCAUUCGUGUUUCAAAUGAAUUAGGAGCUGGGAAUCCGAAGGCAGCCAAAGUGGCUGUGUUGGCUGUGAUGUUCAUUGCGACUGUUGAAAUUAUUAUUGUAAGCACAACUAUCUUUUUCUGUCGCCAUAUAUUGGGGAACGUAUACAGCAAUGAGAAGGAGGUUGUAGAUCAUGUUGCAGAUAUGGGUUUUUUGCUCUCUCUAUCAAUCAUAUUGGAUGGCCUACAAAUAGGACUUUCAGGGGUUGCUAGAGGAACUGGGUGGCAACACUUAGGGGCCUAUGUAAAUCUUAGUGCAUUUUACCUGGUUGGAACCCCAUUUGCUGCUGUUUUGGCUUUUGUUUUACAUUUAAAAGGGAAGGGUCUUUGGAUUGGUUUAGUGACAGGAUCUACCGUGCAAGUCGUUUUGCUUUCUCUCAUAACAAGUCUCACCAAUUGGCAUAAACAGGCAUCAAAAGCGAGAGAAAGGAUAUUUGACGGAGAUAUACGUGAUACAAGCUGAUGAAGGAAAGGACAGUAUACAGUCAACUCAUACGUAACUUUUUUCUAGACAUGUAAUGGACAGUUUUACCCACAAAACAAAAAAUUGUUAGGUGCACUACAAUGUUAAUAAUUUUUUCGUAUUCCAACAAUAGUUAUGAACAAAAUGUCAUAAUUAGUCUACAAUAUUAAAAAAAUAUAUAUUAGAUGCACUGCAUAAGUUGUUCGAUAAAUGUAUAUCAUGCGUAUCACAAUCUUUAACUUA